CUUUUAAACCGAGGGAUGCAGUGAUUGGGUGUCUUGGAGUCACGCGGUGUGCAGUCGCUCUGCCCUGCCUCGAGUUGCUGAAUGCAAGCUUGUGUGUCUGCCAGCUAUAGCAGCGGUUCUAUCUGGAUUCUCCGCGCACAACCUACAACAAUUACUGAUAAUUACUGAAGACCUUUUCUUCUUUUGGAAGACAGUUCUUCACCAUGGGCGACAAGAAGAGCCCUACCAGGCCAAAAAGACAAGCUAAACCAAGUGCUGACGACGGAUAUUGGGACUGUAGCGUCUGCACCUUCAAGAACAGUGCAGAGGCUUUUAAAUGCAGCAUCUGCGAUGUGAGGAAGGGCACAUCCACAAGGAAACCUAGGAUCAACUCGCAGCUGGUGGCCCAGCAGGUAGCUCAGCAGUACGCCACGCCUCCUCCGCCCAAGAAGGAGAGGAAGGAGAGGCCUGAGAGAGAGCACGGCCUGGAUGGGGAGCUCAUGGACGGCGACGGGGAGCACCUGGAGGGAGAGCGUCCAGAGAGAGUGAGGCAAGAAGGGGAGGAAGUCGACGGAGAACCUCCCCUGGAUAAAGAAAAGAGCGGGAAGGAAAAACCAGAGAAGCCUGAGAAGCCGGAGAAGGACAAGGCAGAGAAGCCUGAGAAAGAGGAGAAGAAAGAAAAAGGGAAGGAGAAAGAAAAAGGGAAAGAGAUUAGCCCAGCCAGGCCCAUCACCAAGAAACCCAGCAUCAAGAAGAUCAGACCCAAGACAGAUAUUCAUCAGAGUCCACCCAGCGACAAACACAGCAUACAGUCUGGGAAGUCAACCACCAAGACCAACAACUCUCACAUCUCCAGGCCCAAGCUGAAGAACGUCGACCGGAGUACCGCCCAGCAGCUGGCCAUAACCGUGGGCAACGUGACGGUCAUCAUAACGGACUUUAAGGAAAAGACCCGCUCCUCGUCCACGUCCUCAUCCACCGUGACGUCCAGCGCCGGCUCCGAACAGCAGCACCAGAGCUCUGGCUCCGAGAGCAUGGACAAGAGCUCGUCUCGCGCUUCUACCCCCAAAGGAGAGCUCUCUGUGGGGCACGACGAGUCCUUCUGAAACCCCCGGUCCGGGCUUUCUGAGAGGACUGUGGAUCGGAUCCCCCAGGGGGAGUUAUUUCACCUUCCUACUGCUGCCCCGCCCCCACUGCCUCUCCGCCUUCAUUCCACCGCCAUCCCUGGAUGCUGAGAGAGCUAGCUAAUUUAGAGCAGCCCGUCACGUUCGCCUGUUGGAGAACCGUCCUGUCGUGGGUACGCGCAACGCCACGGCCCAGGCGGGAGAGUGGGGCUGACGGGAAUAGCACCCCUCCCCCCCGGUGACAUCCUGACACUUGUAUGUAUAUUGUUUUAUAUUUGUACGUGGAUGUGCGGCCGAAUCAACAUUUUGUUUUUGUAUAAAGAAAUGAUCUUCUGUGCACAAUAACCACCGCCAUUUUAACAACUCGGAAACCUUAUUACCCUUAUUUAUUACUCGUUGCACCCGUAUACUUUGAAAUACUUGUUUGGGUUGAAACUUUGCUGUGUAAUUAUACCUAUCGCUCCCUUUGACACUUGUUUUGAUAGUUGAACUGGUAGGAUUGGACGAGACUCUCAAGACAACUACACACUGGUGCUAGAUAGAUCCACUGUGAAACAGUUUCUGACGUGGGGCUGUCAUUCACAAAAUACAAAGUGCUAAUAACCCAGACAUUCUUCUCCUUACUCUCACACUAUUCCAUUUGAGUUUGGACCUCCAUGGCAUCUUUUCAAGUUGAAACGUGGAGGUCAGUGUGCAGCGCGGUCUGCUGAAAUUUAUUUGAAGGUCCUACAACGUCAACUCAACACCGACCCAAACCGUCGCUUCUAGCUCUGUUUGUUUAUGAUUUAGUUUGAUUAAGCGUAUCUCUUAUACAGUCUGUCUCCUGUCCUUAACUGUAUAGUGCAGGCUAUUGUGAAAAACACUAAAGUUGUCGAUGUUUUUGCAUUCCGUCGCUUUAAUAUUGGUCAGCCAGUUGAGAGGUGGAGCAGUGCCCCCAGCUUUGAACCAUGUUUAUUUCUGUACCGACUGAAGGUAAGUAUAGUUCAUAUCCGCCUGUUAAGACCAGAGUUCAAGCUGUAGUCCAGUGAUGCCCGACUGCUUAUGAUCCCCAACUGAUGCUAAGCUUCAGUUUUUUUUAUGAGUUUCAGCAAAUGUUUACUGGUCAUCUUUUCCAAUGCUCUGGUUUACAAAGUUGUGAUAUACUGGUUUAUUUAGGUCAAAAGCCUGGACAGUUCAUGAAGAUAUAAGACUCCAAUAUGUAGGGUAAUUGAACGCAGAAACAUUGCAAGUAGAAGAAUGAUUGCAAUUUGUUUAGCAUUUUCAACGCAGUAAACGUACCUAAAUAGCCAAUUAAGUGGUUCUAAUUCUCAUUCUCCUUAGAUGAAAAUAGACCAACAUAAUUUCCUCUUAUCUGUAUUAAAUUGUAUAAAGAAUAAAUGUGUAUAUGAUAUCUUAGUUUUAUUUAUUGAAGGACCAAAGGAAUUUCAUGAAAUGAUACAUAGACAAAUGAAUAACAAUUUGAGAUGCAAUUAUAAAAUGUGUGAAAUGAAAUACAUUUUAAAUAAAGACUAAUAUAAUCAA